CAAUCAGCUCUGCGGGUGGCUAAAUCACUGAUAAGCGCACACGAGGCUGCGGGCGAAGCGCAGUGACUCCUCUCACUGCGACAACCGCGUUUCGCAAACGCCGCGCAGCAGCAGGGCCGCACAGACUCCACCUUAGAAACUGCCCAGCACUGCCCACAAGCAACAAUGGUCGCCGGCGUCAAAGGAGUAGCCUUCCUCGACGACGACACCCUGGCCGUCUCCAGCAGCACGGCCGGCGAGCUCUUCCUCGUGUCCCGAGGCAAGCGCGAGGUCCUCAAGAAGAUACCGCUGGGCGACGGCGUCAAGGCCGAGUCGCUAGCGUGUGUCCCCAAAACGAGGAAGGUGCUCGUGGUCGACGCCAAGGGUCAUUUAUGUGAAGUGGACUGCGAAACUGAUCAGGUGGAGCGCGCCGCGUCCGCAGGACACCAUCAAACACCACCUCGCUUAACAAGCGUCUGUGCCUGGGACUCGAAGACGUGCUUCGUCGCCGGCGCUGAAAGAGGCAAGAAGACGAAGUGCGCGUGUUGGAAAGUAGACCUGGAAAGCAAUAAGGUCGACGAGGCACCCGUUCUAGAGGCUAAUAUGAUCCGGGCGCUCUGUGCUGAAAGAGAAAGGGACCGCAUCCUGGUGGGUUGUCUAGAUGUGGAGGGCGACGACGACUCGCCGGAAGUGGAAAACGCGCGGACUCGAUUGAUGGCCUACUACCCGCAAGACGGCACGAUAAAACAGCUGGCGUCCAUCCAAGGUUUUGUGCAUGCCAUCGCGCCCUUACAUCGUCGCAAGGACGAGGCCUACGCGUUAUUGAUGCGCCACCGGAAGGGCGGCGCUCCGGUGAAAGUGAUCAGAUUAUUGCCGAAGGGCCAGCACGUCCAGGUCUGGAGCAAAUGUAGCGUACAGCACACGGUCCACGUCUGCGGCGACAGGUUGGCGACGGGCCUCGCCGGUUUGAGUUUAGCGGGCUUCUCGGCGUCGUUGUUCGGCAGCGCGGCGGGCCGGGAACACGCCAUGUGCCUCGGCCCCGACGGCCACCUCGUGACGGGCUGCGUCCAUAAAAGUUCUAAGGGCCUGCUCCAGCUCUGGAACCUGGACGUGGGCGGCCGGCGUCGAAAGCAAACUUCAUGAUGGCGUAAACGAGUCCCACACAGGUCGCCGCCGACAGCGACGUCAUCGCCGGCGGCACCAAGGUCCCCGCGCGCGGCUCCGUCGUCGACCGCCUCCCCGACAAGACGUGCAAGGCCUGAGGACAUGUGGUGUGUCUAAGAUAUGUGAACAGGGUUUUUACAAAAAGA